AUGAACGUAACUGUCGACCUCCCAAAAGAACAAGUAAACGACGAAGUCCCUAAUGACUCGUUGACGUUGGGACAAUUGAAAAAGAUUGUAAAGCAAUUUCCGAAUAAACAAAAACCAAAAGAAAUAGCCUUUACCUAUACUGACACUGACAGUCUUUCCAAAGAGAUUGAUGAAUUCUAUAGUUAUGUUGAAAUUUCACAAUGUUUUGAAAACAAAAAGUCAUUUGAAGAAGGAUUCGAUGAAUCUUGGACUACUUGUACAAUAUCUGAACGCCGUACUUAUAUUGAAUACCUGUUAGAAACUUUGGAAUUAAAGGAUCCUGAAAAGAGAUUCUGUACUGCCAAAAAAUUAUUGUAUAUUGCCCAAGGAACAUUUGGGGAAUCGACUUCGCCGGAACAUCAUCUAGAAUUGAUAAUUGACAAUAAUAAAUUGCUACGGAAGUGUGGAGCACUAUUGUCAUAUUUUCAAGCCUUAAACCAUCCAGAUUUUAUUUCAGAUCGACAAGCUUAUAUCGAUGAUACAAAUAUCGAGAUAGGAUACUAUUUGACAUUGUUAUAUAUGUUAGUCGAAGUUCAUCGUGGAGAUGAAUCAUUUGGCUCAGAGCUUGUCGAACUUGAUCCGCCAAUGUCUGUAUUUCUUUUUGAAAUCAUCGCGUCAUUACGAGAAAAAGAAAAGAAUGCCAAAGGAUAUCCCGUAAAAAAGACAACCCCAAUUGAUUAUAAUACUUUUCAAACUGAGGCUACUCAAAAAUAUCCAACAUAUAUUCCGCCCCAUAGUCCAGUUUUUUCUAUGCCUUUCACCAUUGCCAAUCAGUUUUCCUCAAAUUCUAAUAGCAAUAAUAGCAAUGAUAUGUUUACGCAGAGUAGUUAUUCAAGUAUAAACAAUAAUUCGUCACCAAAAUCGCGUAAACAACAAUUUCAAACAAAUCAACGGCAGCCGUUUAUUUUUCCAUUCUCGAAAUCUACACCUACAGUGCCAAAAUCAAUACAGGAAGCGGGAGAUUUAUAUUUAAAAUUUAUGUAUACAAGCUUAGGGAUUUUACAAUUUUGGAAAGAGAAGGAUGAAAUGAAGAAACAACAAUUUAGUUGUUCCAUAGAUGAUGUGAGAAUACAUAAUGAAAAUAACAGAUCAAAUUGUGGAAGAGAUGUAUCAAAUGGAAAUAAUGACACAGAAGCUCAGGUGACAAAAAGAGAUAGAGAAAAGUUGGACAGGAUUGAACUUCUUUAUAGGUCAAUCCUACCACAUCUGCAAUACAUUGUUAUCGUGUUACUUAAAUUGUUGCUUGCAACUGUUUCACCCAAUUCAAGUAAUGUCAAAGUAAAUGAUAGUAAUGACAGCAUCACAAAGGAGAAUGUUACCACAAACAAUGGUUUAUCAUCUGAUAACAAUAUUAAUUCUUCAUCUUCAAACGGAAAUAGUGUUGAAGAAAUUGAUAUUAUGAGACAUCGAGAAAUUACAUCUAAAGCAGUUUCAGCAAUUUUAUUGUUAAUGUUAAAAUAUUUGAAAUUGUCUCAUAUCUUAAAAUUUGAAUAUGUUUCGCAACUAUUGGUUGAAUCUAAUUGUUUACUUUUAAUUUUGAAAAUGUUUGGUUUACAGGAUGUAAGCUUGACUAUAAAAGCUAGGAAUGAAGUCGAAGAUUUAAAUUUCUUCCAAUAUUGCAAAAAUCUUAAUGAUAAACAUGGAUCAGGAAAAACUUGUAGUGAUAAUCUUGAGGAUGAUAGUAGAUCAAAAGAACAACUGCAGAUAGAACAUGUUGAUGAAUUAAAUUUAAUCGAUAAUAAUGUGGAUUCCGAUUAUUGUUGGCGAAAUUUUUUCUCCGCAAUAAAUUUUUUACGUAUUUUGCAAAAGUUGACAAAAAAGAAGACACACAGAGUAUUAUUGUUAGUUCAGUACAAGUCUUCCGCUAUAUUAAAAAGGAUCCUUAAAGUAUCGCAUCCUUUAUUAGAACUAUAUGCUUUGAAAGUUCUAAAGAGUCAAAUUCCAUUUAUCGGUAGAAAAUGGCGUCAAAGUAAUAUGAAAAUAAUCACCUCCAUAUAUUUGCAUUGCCGGCCAGAUUUACGAGAUGAAUGGAUCGCAUCAUCCGAUGCGGAUGCUGAAAUUGAAGAUGCUCUGCCUCAAGAGCAAAGCCUUCGAGCACUGAUUAAAUUUUAUAAUGAAAGAAAUUAUUUGACACACGAUGAUCAUCAUAAUGGAUUACUUUAUCAAAAUGAUAACAGAAAUUCACCCGACAUAUUCCCUCCACAUCAUACGAAACCUUUAAAUCAUGUAAAUUCUGCAUAUAUUGCGGAUGAUAUUAUGUUAGAUGAGUCAUUUUUAUCAAAUUGGGAACAGUGGCUUCAAGACGAAGUAUAUGGCUUCUCCGUCACGAAACCUCAUUUAAAUACCAUAGAUGAAUAUUAUAGUGAUGAUAGUUUUCUUUUUACCAAUGGUGGCGAUGGGUCAGAAUGGGAUACCCCUAUUAUACCUCUAGUCGACGAACAAGAUCCUUUCACAUCAAUUGACAAAGAAACAAAUUAUCUUUGGCCUGAUGAAAUGUUAGGACCAUUCGCUCCUAGUGAAGUUACAAUAUGGCAACCAACUCCAUACCAAAGUGAUGCUGAAGAUUAA